AUGGCAAACCCCAACCAGACACUGGUGACAGAGUUUGUACUGGAGGGGUUCUCGGAGCACACUGGGCUAAGACUACUCCUGCUUGGCUCCUUCCUGUCUCUUUAUGCUGUGGCACUGACAGGUAAUGCUGUGAUUAUUGUUUUGGUCAGCCUCACUAACAGUCUGCAUAGCCCCAUGUACUUUUUUCUGUGCAACUUGGCCACCAUGGAUAUUGUCUGCACCUCCUCUGUGCUGCCCAAGGUGCUGGUUGGCCUAGUAUCACCAGAAAACACCAUCUCCUUCCAGGGAUGCAUGGCCCAGCUCUUCUUCCUCAUCUGGUCACUAUCCUCUGAGCUGUUGCUGCUCACAGUCAUGGCCUAUGACCGCUACGUGGCCAUCUGCUUUCCUCUGCACUACAGCUCCAGGAUGAGCCCUCGCCUAUGUGGGGCCCUGGCCAUAGGUGUGUGGGGCAUCUGUGCCUUGAAUACCUCUGUCCACACGGGUCUGAUGACACGGUUGUCAUUCUGUGGCCCCAGGGUCAUCACCCACUUUUUCUGUGAAAUCCCCCCUCUUCUGCUGCUGUCUUGCAGCCCCACACAUGUGAAUAGCAUCAUGACGCUCCUGGCUGAUGCCUUCUAUGGAUGCCUCAACUUCCUGCUCACCCUGCUGUCCUAUGGUUGCAUCGUGUCCAGCAUCUUGCGCAUGCGUUCAGCUGAAGGGAGGCGAAAGGCCUUCUCCACCUGCUCCUCUCACCUCCUUGUGGUCUCGGUGCUCUAUUCAUCUGUAUUCUGUGCCUACAUCAGCCCUGCCUCCAGUUACAGCCCAGAGAGGAACAAAGUGUCUGGAGUGCUGUACUCAGCACUGAGCCCGGCCUUGAACCCCCUCAUCUACACUCUCAGGAACCAAGAGGUGAGGCACGCCCUGUGGAGACUCUUGCCUUUCUCCAGACAUCAGGUGUAG